CUGGACUCAGAAAGUGAUAAACGUGCAGGAAGUGCACCUUGAAUGAGUCAGUUUAUCAGCUGAUUCCUUCGCUCAGGAUUGCUGUGACUUGUUCAGAAACAACUGCAUGACUCCAGUUGGAAAGAGGAUGGUGGGCCUGGCUGUGUCUUCAGCAGCUGUUUCUGCGAUGGAGCUCCUGGUGACAGAGUUGAAUAUGCUGUUGAAGCUGUUGGAUCAUGAGACCCUGAGUUGUGCGACAGAAGAAAAGAAAAUGGCUGUGAAGAACCUUCUCAGACAACUUCAGCCCUCAGUCACCGCAAAAGACUAUAUGUACGUGAACACCUCAGUAUACAGAAACGGAACCAGCUUUGUCGAAUCUCUCUUUGAUACAUUUGAUUGUGACCUCGGGGACCUGAAAGUCGAAAUGGAGGAUCAGAAGAAAGAGCCAGAGGUGAACCACACAGUCACCAAGCCUAGCACAGCAGAUUCACCUCCCCCGCUGCCCAACACACUACCUCCAGAGGAUAACUAUGAAGAGGCUAUACCACUCAGUCCUGGAAAGAUGCCAGAAUAUAUCACCAGCCGAAGCAGCUCUAGCCCUCCGAAUUCCAUUGAAGAUGGCUAUUACGAAGACGCUGAGAAUAAUUACCCAACGACGCAAGUAAACGGACGACGCAAAAACUCCUAUAACGACUCGGAUGCUUUAAGCAGUUCUUAUGAGUCAUAUGACGAGGAGGAGGAAGAGAAAGGCCAGCGUUUGACGCACCAGUGGCCCUCAGAGGAAAACUCCAUGGCCCCGGUGAGAGACUGCCAUAUCUGUGCCUUCCUGCUCAGAAAGAAACGCUUCGGUCAGUGGGCUAAACAGCUGACUGUCAUCCGCGAGAACAGACUACAGUGCUAUAAAAGCUCUAAAGACCAGUCGCCAUACACAGACAUACCACUCAGCCUGUGCUCCGUCAUCUACAUCCCCAAAGACGGCCGGAGGAAGAAGCACGAACUCCGAUUCUCUUUUCCCGGUGGAGAAGCACUAGUGUUGGCAGUACAGAGCAAGGAGCAAGCUGAGAAAUGGCUGCAAGUGGUGCGUGACGUUACAGGUCAGGGGAAUGGGUUGGACAGCCCAUCAUCUCCCAUGAUUCCUAGGAAGAUUGAACUGGAUAAGUGGUGUUCUGCAGAGAAGCAAACCUCAGACUCUGACAGUAUGCCAAGUGGAGAAAGUGCUCGUGACAUCCGGGAAAAUGGUAAACCCAAACGAGGCGCACUAUCAGAACUAACAGGCACUGUAAGCCGAGCUGCCGGAAGAAAGAUCACAAGAAUAAUCAGCUUCUCCAAAAGAAAACCUCCUCUGCCAGGAGACUCUCGCUCUUCCCUCGACCAUGAUCCUCGCUGUGGUUAUGUGGGGGUGUUGGUUAAUCGGUGCUGGAGGGAACACUGGUGUCGUGUGCGGGCCGGAUCUCUUUACCUUUACCAGGAGAAAGGAGAACAGCGAGUCCCUCACACCACUGUUGGUUUGAAGGGCUGUGAGGUUGUGCCAGGACUCGGACCCAAACAUCCCUUCGCCCUGAGGAUACUGAAAGGAGGUGCAGAGGUGGCAGCUUUAGAGGCGAGUUGUUCAGAGGACAUGGGCCGCUGGCUGGGUGUCCUGUUGGCAGAAACCGGUUCCUCUGCAGACCCAGAGUCCCUUCAUUAUGACUAUGUAGAUGUGGAAACUAUCGCCAAUAUUCGCACAGCUGCACGUCACUCUUUCCUAUGGGCAACAUCCACAGAUUCAAGAACGUACGACGAGGUCCCUUUUGAAGCCAUAGAGCAGGAGAAUGAGCGAUUGAGGGGACGAGCACAGACGAAGCGUCGUUCAUCUAGCAGUGACACAGGAAAACCCAGUCCACAAAUCACCCUAAAGCGCCACGGCUCCAACGCAAAUCAAUAUGGAAGGUACGGGAAAACGCGGGCACAGGAGGAUGCGCGCCGCUACUUGAAAGAGAAAGAAGACCUGGAGACAGAAAUAGACAGCAUAAGAACUGCUCUAGUCUCACUUCGGAAGAAGAAACGAGAGGCAAAAGAGAAGAUGAAGAGUGCAACGGAUAAGCAGAAGUUGGCUUUAGAGGACUGUAUAACAAAGUUGGAGGACAGCUGUCGGGUAAAAGAGGGCGAGCGUGUGGACCUGGAGCUCAAACUCACCCAGGUGAAGGAGAACCUGAAGAAAUCUCUAGCUGGAGGAGAAAUGGAGGCGCCUGCAGAGUCUAAACCUGCACACAAGACCCAAAGGACGGAGGCUCAGUAUAUGGAGUCGAUUCUCCCAGUGAACUGCGCCUCUGAAAUGCGCAAGCGGCCCCCAUCAGUCUAUGCAUCCACAAAAGGAAACGUUAUGCAGAAAGCCAAGGAAUGGGAAUCUAAAAAGGGGACUUAGGGGAAACUGUUGAUCAAGAAGACCUAGAUCUUUCUCCAUAUGCCAUUUCAAGGUUAACAUGAGGAUUUCUUCAAAGACAGACUGCUGAACUAUUGACUACCGUGACUGCAAAAGGAUGAUGAAGCAGCCGGUCUAUUGCAGUACUUUGCAUAUAAAAACAUGUCGUCUUUGGGUGUCUGGUGAAGAUCCAUGCUACAGAAUGAUAUGUGAGUGUUGAAGAAUGGAGACAGUUAGAGGAAAUACUAGUCUGUUGAAAGUGCAAGAAAAGACUUGGGUCAGGUUAUAGAGGAAGAAAAGAAUAGGUAUGUAUGUGAGACAAUCCACUUUAAAAUACUCUUGAAUUUCAAACAGUUUUAGAAUAGGUGUCCAAAUUGUACAAAGUGUUUGACUUCAUUGCUUUUAUUUCUGGGAUAUUUCCAAUUCAUUAUUAAGUAGUGCUAAUAACAUUGUAAAUAUGACAAUUGUAAAUAUUUUUAACAUUCCUUUUUUUAAUCUAGCAUUAUUCCAUCUAACCUGGUACUCCUGUUUGUAACCUUUUUUCGCCAUUUCUUUACCACUAUUAAUGGGAGUAACGUUUGCACUUUAAGAUGUCUUUAGACAUGAAAAUGGGAAUAUUCUUUUAAUAAAGAUAAAAAUGCUUAA